CCUGCGAUGAAUUAGUACUGUCAAAUUCAACCCAAAAUGUCAAUCCGAAUAAUACCUCAAUAAUAAUGUAAAGUCUCGUUAAAUUUAAGAAAAUGGCAACACAAAGGCCCGGAGAAUGGGCUAAUACAUUAAUUGCCAGAUUUGAAGAACAGUUGCCAUGUAGAAUUGGACCCCAAACCACUCAUUCUCGAGUAAAUGAGGAGGAAAACAAACAUUGUAUCAUACAAAUAUCCAGAUAUCGGUUUGCAUUAGUAUUGGAUGGGUUUGUUAGGGUUAUUAAAAGAAUACAUGAAGUAUAUCAGAACGCACAAAAUGGUCCACCUCGACAUGGCCCUGAGCUAGAAAAAAAUUAUCAUGAAAGUUUAAUAAUAGUUUUAGAGACAUUAGAAAAAUGUUUCAGUAUACAACCCAAAGACUCUAUUACUUUAACAAUGGAAGAAAGCCAAAAUUUAAAAAUCCUCCUUAAAGAAAUGAUUGUGUUUUUGGUGGACUUUUUAGAUUACCCCAGUGAUCAUCCCAAUACGCAUGCCAUUAAAAUUUUAGCAAGUAAGGUUUUAUUUGCGCUAAGUGUGAAUUUUUUUAACGCCGUUUUCAACCGUAUUUCCACUAAGUUGCAAGAAUUAAGCACUUAUGAAGACACCACGUCGGAUUGCAGUGACAUAGAGCUAAUUCAACAUAUUAAUGUAGAUGUAAAUAGAUUAACUAGAAUACUAACCGAAAUUUUAGCUAUACAGAAAUUCCAAAAAAUUCUAAAAAAGAAUAUACACUUUGUGCUGGUUAACUCGCUCGAGAGGGCCAUUUGGAACUGGAUGGACACAUAUCCGUACGAAUUUUCCGAAUUGCAGAAAAAUCCGAACGAAGAGCUGUCUAAAUGUUGCGAAUCGCUUUUCGAUAUCCUAGAUGCAAUUGCCGAUAACAAAAAGGGCAGGUCCUCGGUCUGGUCCUUACAGAUCAUGCUUUUAAUUUUAGCACCAAAAGUUCUGGAAGAAAUUGUGAAUGCUGAUAGUGGAGCGCCUUGUUCACCUAAACACAGUAAAAAGAAGUGCUUUAUUGACGCCCUAAAGAAGGGCGUAAAUCCUCACGGAAAUUCCAGCAAACAGCUUGUAGAAGCUGCAGCUGUCACAUGCGUGAAACUGUGCAAGGCUUCCACAUACAUUAACAUUUUAGACUCGAACAAUGUAACAUUUACAUUGGUACAAAGUAUCAUUAAUGAUUUAAAAUCGUUAUUAUUUAACCCCGGAAAGCCUUUUUCGAGGGGGCAGAGUUUUAUUUACCACGACAUGGAUUUGAUGAUCGACUGUUUUGUUUCAGUAUUUCGUAUCAAACCGCACAAUAACGAGGCGCUUAAGGUGUGUUUAAACCUUAACUCGCCAUCCAGCUAUCAUUUGGUUUUAGUAAGAUCGUUGUAUAAGAUUGUGACGCAGCCCAGCUUGCAUUGGUGGCCGCAAAUCGAUUUGGUUUACAAUAAAUCUUCAGAGUUAAGGGCGAUGUUUACCGACACUUUAAACAAAGUUUCGCAGGGGUGCAUCCAACAUACCCCCUUAAGAAUGAUAAUAGCAUUGAAAAGCAAAGAUUCGCAAACGAAGAACAAGGAUAGGGCCGAGGAGGUGCCCGGUUAUCGGAAUUUGUUGCUCUACAUGGUGCGCCUAAUCCACGCCGAUCCAAUGUUGAUGUUAAAUAAUCAAAGUAAAGUCGGGCAUGAAAUUCAGAGCUCCACAUUGGAGCUAAUAAACGGGCUGGUGUCUUUGGUGCACCAGCCCACCAUGCCCGAUGUAGCUCAGGAAGCGAUGGAAGCCUUGCUGGUGCUGCAUCAUCCGGAAAAGAUCGAGAUGUGGAAUCCUGAAGCACCAAUCAACACAUUCUGGGAUGUUAGUUCGCAGGUGUUGUUUUCCAUAUCGCAAAAAUUGAUCCAGCACCAAAUUGUUAACUACACUGAUAUUCUAAAAUGGCUGCGGGAAAUUUUGAUAUGCCGCAACGCUUUUUUAUCUAGACAUAAGGAGUACGCUAAUUUGGGCAGCCAGAUUGCCAUAUGCAAACAGGCUCACAUUAAACUCGAGGUUGUAUUUUUUAUGUAUCUUUGGAGCAUCGACAUGGACGCCGUUUUGGUGGCGAUGAGUUGCUUUGCGCUUUUGUGCCAAGAAGCCGAAAUUCGCUGUGGUUCUGACGAGGUGACCGUCACCUAUUUAGUACCGAAUUAUCACAUUUAUCAGGAAUUGGCCCAGGCGUCAACAGUAUUAACCACCGCCAGCGGGGAAUCACGUAUGUGUUUCCCAGAUCAUGGCAACGGUCGCGCGGCUUUACAAAAACGCAUAAUGGCGUUGCUGAGGAAAAUUGAGCACUGCGUGAACGGUGUUCAGCCCGCUUGGGAGGAAACUUUUAUGAACAACUGGAACCACAUAUGCAAAAGUCUCGCAUCAUAUCCCAAAGCUAAGCAAGAAGACGGCCAAACUGAACCGUUCCAUCGGUCCACUUUGGUCGGCAAACGCAGAGCAUCUCACCAGAACUCGGAGCAUGAACUUGAGGAGCAAAUAAAUGAAUGGGCGAAUAUGACGGGAUUUCUAUGCGCGCUUGGUGGUGUUUGCCUUUCAAGGAAAUCGCCUUCCAGACAACCUCUAUCGGCUUCAUCACACUGUAGUAUUUCGUCAAUAACAAUAAAUUCUCUGAGCAACGUUAGUGUUAGUUCUUUUAAUUCCGAUAGUCGGAAAUCCAGUGUUUUACCCGGUGCUACACAAGAAUCGCGACAAUACUGCCCUGUUACACAAUUUGUCGAUUUAUUAUUACGCUUACUGGUUUGCAAUAACGAAAAAUUCGGCGCCCAAAUACAGAAACACGUUAAGGAGUUAGUUGGACACGAAAUGUCUUCAGCUUUAUAUCCAAUACUUUUCGAGCAAAUCAAAACAAUAGUCGAUAAAUUUUUUGACCAACAAGGACAAGUCGUCGUGUCCGAAGUAAAUACUCAAUUCAUCGAGCACAUAAUUUUUAUAAUGAAAAACAUUUUGGAUAGCGGUAAAAAUGAUCAACAACCAUCGGAACAUUUAGGCGUGACAAGCAUAGAAGGCAUGAUGCUUGCUAUAGUGAGAUACGUGAGGCAUCUGGAUAUGACAGUGCAUGCGAUACAUAUUAAAACAAAGUUGUGUCAGCUGGUUGAAGCGAUGAUGAAGCGUAGGGAUGAUUUGGCUUUCAGGCAGGAGAUGAAGUUCCGCAACAAAUUGGUGGAAUAUUUAACCGACUGGGUGAUGGGUACAUCGCAUCAAAUAGCACCGCCGAGUUCCGGGGACGUUACUGUUAUAACAAGGGAUUUAGAUCAGGCUUGUAUGGAGGCCGUUGCAGCUUUACUUAGAGGACUUCCCCUGCAACCCGAGGAGUCGGAUAGAGGCGAUUUAAUGGAGGCCAAGAGUCAGCUGUUCUUAAAAUAUUUCACGUUAUUCAUGAAUUUGUUAAACGAUUGUUCAGAUGCCCCUGAAGUGGAGAAAGAUGUGAAUCGGCAAAGAUUAAACGCUGGGAAGUUAAGCACGCUUCGAAACGCCACCAUACAGGCUAUGUCGAAUUUACUGUCGGCUAAUAUAGACAGCGGUCUAAUGCAUUCCAUAGAUUUAGGUUACAACAAAGAUUUGCAAACAAGAGCGGCAUUCAUGGAGGUGUUGACAAAAAUAUUGCAGCAAGGCACAGAAUUCGAUACGUUAGCCGAGACCGUGUUGGCCGACCGAUUCGAGCAGCUUGUGCAGCUAGUGACCAUGAUAAGCGAUAAAGGUGAAUUGCCCAUAGCCGUAGCGUUGGCCAACGUCGUUACUACAUCGCAAAUGGAUGAGUUGGCCAGAGUGUUUGUUACUCUAUUCGAUGCCAAACAUUUGCUAUCGCCUCUACUGUGGAACAUGUUUUAUAGAGAGGUGGAAGUUUCCGAUUGCAUGCAAACUUUAUUCAGAGGUAACUCUUUGGGAAGCAAGAUUAUGGCGUUUUGUUUUAAGAUUUACGGGGCUAGUUAUUUGCAGACGCUUUUGGAGCCCAUGAUAAGGCCGCUAUUUGAAGAACCGUUCGUUAAUUUCGAGGUCGAUCCUGCAAGGUUGGAGCCCAGUGAAGAUAUAGAAGAAAAUCGCCACAAUUUGAUAGCGUUAACUCAACGCGUUUUCGACGCUAUUGUUAAUUCCGCAGAUAAAUUUCCACCUCAGCUUCGCUCUAUGUGUCAUUGUCUUUAUCAAGUUCUAUCUAAACGUUUUCCUCAAUUCCCUCAAAACAAUAUUGGUGCCGUGGGCACCGUUAUCUUUCUUCGAUUUAUUAAUCCUGCUAUUGUAUCGCCUCAGGAGAUGGGCAUUGUGGCUAAGCAAGUGCCCACUUCCAUCAAGCGAGGUUUAAUGCUAAUGUCUAAGAUCCUUCAAAAUAUCGCUAAUCACGUAGAGUUUAGCAAGGAGCAACACAUGCUUCCUUUUAACGAUUACCUUAAAGCAAACUUUGAGAUUGGUAGAAGAUUUUUUAUUAAAAUCGCUUCCGAUUGUGAAACUGUUGAUCAGACAUCGCAUUCGAUGUCUUUUAUUAGUGACGCCAACGUUUUGGCGUUGCACAGAUUGUUGUGGAAUCAUCAGGAGAAAAUCGGGGACUACUUGUCGAGCAGCAGGGACCACAAGGCUGUCGGAAGGAGACCUUUCGACAAAAUGGCCACGCUCCUUGCCUAUUUGGGUCCGCCCGAGCACAAACCAGUUGAUUCUCAUAUGUUGUUUUCAUCUUACGCAAGAUGGAGUUCCAUUGAUAUGUCGUCGACCAAUUUUGAAGAAAUCAUGGUGAAACAUAACAUGCAUGAAAAGGAAGAAUUCAAAAGUAUCAAAUCUUUAAACAUAUUUUACCAAGCUGGUACCAGUAAGAACGGAUUUCCUGUCUUCUAUUACAUUGCCAGAAGAUACAAAAUUGGAGAAACUAACGGCGACCUAUUGAUAUACCAUGUUAUAUUAACAUUAAAGCCUUUUUGCCAAACACCAUUUGAGUUAGUCGUAGAUUUUACACAUACGUGUUCAGAUAAUAGAUUUAGGACGGAAUUUUUACAAAAGUGGUUUUACGUUUUGCCGGAAGUUGCGUAUGAUAACAUAUUCGCAGCCUACGUGUACAAUUGUAACAGUUGGGUGCGGGAGUACACCAAGUUCCACGAUCGAAUAUUAGCGCCUCUGAAAGGGAACAGAAAGCUAAUAUUCAUCGACGUACCCAACAAGCUAAAUGAUUUUAUUGAGCCUGAACAACAGAAACUUCCCGGUGCUACAUUAAGUUUGGAUGAGGACCUUAAAGUUUUUAACAACGCUUUAAAACUAUCACACAAAGACACCAAAGUAGCAAUAAAAGUGGGACCAACUGCCAUACAAAUUACUUCUUCUGAAAAAACCAAAGUUCUUUCCCACUCUGUUCUUCUAAAUGAUGUAUACUAUGCAUCGGAAAUAGAGGAGGUCUGUCUUGUCGACGAUAACCAGUUCACCUUAACCAUCGCGAACGAAAGUGGACCCCUCAGCUUUAUUCAUAACGAUUGUGAUAGCAUUGUCCAAGCGGUCAUACACAUCAGAAACCGCUGGGAACUUAGCCAACCGGAAUCGGUUAAUGUUCAUCAAAAAAUAAGACCAAAGGACGUGCCCGGUACGCUUUUGAAUAUGGCGCUGCUUAAUUUGGGUUCCUCGGAUCCCCAUUUAAGGACUGCUGCAUACAAUCAACUUUGUGCCCUCACAGCUACCUUCGAUUUAAAAAUCGAAGGUCAGCUAUUGGAGACGCAAGGUUUAUGCAUUCCCUCGAACAACACCAUUUUCAUUAAGUCGGUGUCUGAAAAGUUAGCAACAAACGAACCUCAUUUAACUUUAGAAUUUUUGGAAGAAUGUAUCCAAGGUUUCAGAGUAUCUAGUAUAGAGUUAAAACAUUUAUGUUUAGAGUAUAUGACACCAUGGCUUGCAAAUCUUGUCAGGUUUGUAAAGCCAAACGAAGAAAAACGACAAAAGCAAGUCGCACAAAUUCUCGAAAGACUUAUAGUAUUAACGAUUGAAGAAGUGCAGAUGUAUCCUUCGAUUCAAGCGAAGAUUUGGGGCUCCAUUGGCCAAGUACCUGAACUAAUUGAUAUGGUUUUAGAUAAUUUUAUACAUAGAUCGGUUAAUUCCGGAUUGGGAUCCCCCAUGGUGGAAAUAAUGGCUGACACAGCUGUAGCAUUAGCUUCAGCUAACGUUCAGCUUGUCGCCAAAAAAGUGAUUGGAAGAUUGUGCAGAGUGGUGGACAAAACGUGUCAGUCGCCGACGCCCUUGCUGGAGCAGCACAUGAUGUGGGACGAUAUAGCGAUAUUGGCGCGAUACUUGCUUAUGUUGUCGUUCAACAAUUGCCUGGAUGUGGCGCGCCAUUUGCCCUACUUGUUCCACACGGUCACGUUUUUGGUGUGCUCGGGGUCUUUGAGCAUGCGCGCCGCCACGCAUGGCUUAGUGAUCAACAUCAUCCAUUCUUUGUGUACCUGUACCAUGCCGUCGUUUUCGGAGGAUACGCAGCGCGUGUUGCGUUUGAGUUUGGAUGAAUUUUCGCUGCCGAAAUUUUAUUUGUUGUUUGGUAUUAGUAAGGUUAAAUCGGCUGCGCAGACCGCUUUCAGGUCGAGUUACAGACACCCGAACGAACGUUGGUUUGGGAAUGAACGGAGCUUUUCUGGGGCGACAUCCACCGAUAGAGAACGCCUAUCGCUAACCUCAUUAGAAGUGAUUACUGACGCGCUACUGGAAAUAAUGGAGGCUUGUAUGCGGGACAUACCUAAUUGCGAGUGGCUUAUAAACUGGACAAGCCUGGCGAAAAGUUUCGCUUUCUGUUUCAACCCAGCGUUACAGCCAAGAGCGUUGAUAGUAUUCGGCUGCAUCAGCAAAAGCAUUACAGAUCACGAUAUGAAACAAUUGCUGAGAAUAUUGGUUAAAGCACUGGAAAGUUAUAACGAUAUUGUUCUUAUCGAGGCUUUGGUCAUGUGUUUGACCAGAUUGCAGCCCCUUCUACGCAGCGAGUCUCCAAUACAUAAAGCUUUAUUCUGGGUGGCGACAUCUGUCCUGCAAUUGGACGAAGUUUCCCUAUACGCGUCCGGAUUGGCGCUAUUGGAACAAAACUUACACACUCUGGAUUGCCAAGGGAUGUUCGACGAUAGAUCAGACUUACGCAACAACACCAACCCUAACAUACAAUCCAACAUAGUUGGAUUGGAGAGUGUUAUGAUGUCCACCAGAGAACCCUUGGAGUGGCAUUUCAAGCAACUCGAUCACGCGGUUGGUUUAAGUUUCAAGGCCAACUUUCAUUUCGCUUUGGUGGGACAUUUGCUCAAGGGUUACCGGCAUCCUACUCCCACCACAGUGUCGAGAACUGGACGCGUCUUGACGAUGUUGCUCAACAUUGUGGCCAAACCGUCUAAACGGGACAAGUUCGAAGUUACCCCUGAAAGUGUUGCAUAUCUAACAGCUUUGGUCGGUUUUUCGGAAGAAGUGAGAAAUCGUUGCCACAUUAAGCACUCUCUUCCGAGGUUUAUGUCGGAUUCCAUAUCGCAAGACAACUUUCCAGGGAGAAGUUUGUUGAGUCAACAAACUACCAGUAACAACUCGUUGUCCACGUCGACCGGGUCCAGUCAAGUCAGCGUGAAUCGUCGCCAAAAAUCCUGGGACAUUUUGGAUCAAUCUGCGAUGUCGCAGGCACGUGCCAUCAAACCGCCCCCCAAUCACCAGGUAGACAACCCGCAUUCCAAUUCGGCAGCCGGUAAGGGCUGGCGCAGUCUAGAUUUGACCCAGAGCCCGGGUGUUCAGGCAAAUGGUGCUAUAACCCGGCCUCUGUAUCGCACCCAACGGUCUAGCUCAGUCCCAGUACCCCAGAAUCCGCCAACAAUAUCAAACCAUACAGUAAAUAACAGUGAUUGUCAAAACCAAAGUCUGCCUAUGGGUCCUGCUAAAAACCGCUCCACAAGAGUAUCCGUUAGCAAUGAAAACAACGUUCUCUUGGACGCUGAAGUUUUAACCGAUUUUAAUACUCAAGCGUUAGUUUUGACUGUGCUAGCCACAUUGGUUAAAUAUAGUACUGACGAAUCGGAAACCAGGAUUUUGUAUCAGUACCUCGCUGAAGGUGCUGUCGUUUUUCCCAAAGUUUUUCCAGUUAUAUAUAAUUUGUUGGAUAUGAAGAUAAAUAACGUUCUUACAACUUGCCACGACCAAGUUAUUUUAAAUUCAGUUAGGAAUAUUAUUCAAAACAUGAUUGCAUGCGAGGAUACUAGUCAACAGCAGCUUCACUAUCUGCAAAGUUGUGGUUUCGGGGGCUUAUGGAGAUUUGCAGGGCCCUUCAAUAAGUAUAACAAUACGGCAGAGAGCAGCGAGUUGUUCGUGAAUUGUUUGGAGGCAAUGGUUGAGACAUGUCUUCCGAUUGAGGAUACUGAGGGAGGUGGAGAUGUAGUGGAACACGUUCAGCAUUUUCCUUCAUUGUUAAGUGUUAGUUCAAACAUAUUAUCAUCUAGUCUAUCGAGUCUCACGUUGGGUUCGCCAACGGAAAAGGAGAUUACCAGAGAUUUGGAAGGCGGCAGCUCCACUUCUUUGGGCAGGUCUUCGUUUAGUAAACAACGUAGUGUUAAGAACAAAUCCCAUGUUCAUUCAGAGAAUUCAGCAAUUCAUAAGUAAGAGAGUUCAGUUGGAUUAAGUUUUUUGGUUCAAUUAUGUAUGUAUGUAAAUUAUUUUUUUAAUAUUUCACCAUACUAAUUGUAAAAGCAUUUAACUAACUAUCCAACUAUGACUGAAAUAUAUAAAAAAUCGAAAUUCAUAUAAUUAUUUAUUUUUUUAUUCAUUAUUUAUUUUAUCUUUGCAAAAUGAACCUUUAGGUAAUCACGCGUUAUCUAGGUUAUUCAAAAAAAAUCAAAAGUGACAUUAUUAUUUUUUGUUGUAUACUGUUACCUCAGUUAUAUAAUGUGAUUACGUUUUUCAUAAUAUAACAUGUUAAAGAUUAAUGUGUUCAAUAUAUAAGUUAACAUUUUUUUUGUUUUUUAUUUUCUCCAAACCCAGAAAUAAAUAAAACACAUAUUAAAACACUGAUUGUAUAUUUGUUCUAUGAUCAUAUAUUUAUUCUUAUAAAAAAAGCUCAACAGUAGAUAUUAAUAAGGUUUAUUGGAAACAUAAUAGUGGAUGUAAUGGGUAUAUCGAAAACAAAAAUGGAAGAAAAAUAUACAAUGAAUUAACGCAACUUCAGUCUUGAAAUAUAUCAGAACUUUGGAAAUUAUUAAACUUCAUUCAACCAUUCGUUCUGCAUGGCAAUUUCGGCAGUCAAACGAAGAGCGGGAUCAGGUUCAAUCAAACAUUCUAUAAAACUGGCAAACGGUAUCGCGUUCACUUUCUUCCACUUGUAUUUCUCCACCAGGACAUCCUCAAUCUUCCAUAUUUUCAACUCGUCAUCAGGAACAUGCUUCAGUUUUCCUUAAAUUAUCAAAACAAAGUUUUUAACGUAAAACUUACACAAAAUCAAUACCCCACCUUCGGUAAAGUAAACUUUGGCUUCAGUUCCAGUUUCAGUAAUGUAUCUAGGAAUGCCGCCCAAUACCUCCCAAAUUAAACUAAGAUGGUCGAUAUUAAUGGAAUGGCUUGAUUUGCCCUUCGGGUUAAAAAGCAUUUCACCAGUGGCCAUUUCAAAUGCAAGGCAGCCAACCGACCAUAUAUCGGCCGGGUAACCAUAACCUGACUGCAUUAUCACUUCCAAGGCACGAUAUUGUCUGGUUUGGAUUUCCGGAGAAAAAUGAUUGUUCUAAAAUUCACAAUUUCAGUGAAAAGACGGUGGAGAUUUUAAGAGUGUAGUACAUACCUCCCAGCAAGCGUUUCCCAUAUCAGCUAUUUUAACUUCUAUACUAUUUCCAAUCCACAUUGGCGAUCUGAAUCUCGGUUCAGCAUGGCGCUGUCUAAAAUUCACUAAAUCUGAUAAAAACACGUCGUUUGGAUAUGAAGAUGCUCUUUGUCCCUCGAUUUUGGAACAAAUUUCAUCAUUAACGUCCUCCUCCUCGUCGGGUCCAAUCCAUCUUUCUGAAGAGACUAAAAAAAUCAAUCUCAUAUAUAUUUUACUUUUUUUUGUUAUUUGCUUUUAUACUGUAGGAUUUGGGCAUCGGGAUUCCUAGUUCAGUGAAUCUCUCGGCCCGUUCCGCCAUCUCCUCAAUAUAGGACUCCUUAACCUUAAUUAAUAUAUUUUCUGGCUUAAUGUCUGUAUGUAUUAUAUUACAUUCAUCGUGUAAAUAGGUUAAACCUAAUAAAACCUAAAACCUCACCAUGUAGUUUGAAAUUAAAUAAGUUUAAUUAAAUAAUUUACCUGUUGUAUAAUACGUUUGACACCUGGUACCUGGAUACCCCUGAAUUCGCUUUGAAUUAUUAAAUGCAGUAAAGAUGGUCCCAUGCUUUCUAAUGCUAUGGCAGUAUGUACGCCAUUAUCGGCGGUUAACCUAAAUGUAUCGAUCAUUUGAACGAUUUUAUGAAAACCUGGGUGAUCGUUAUUCACUUGUUUAGUAUGCAUUAGCAGUCUUAUUUCGUCUUGUGCCACCGCAGAGAACAUCAGUGCCGACUUACAAAUCUUAAUUGCCACAUACUUAGGUUCU